CAAAGACUGAAACCAGGUCCAGCACCCGGACCGCAGACUCACCGGCAAGGACACUCCAAACUGGGAUGAACGAUGGGUGCUGCCUAAACGCGCACACUGGAAUCAAGACAGCACACCAGGAGCUAUCCUGAUCCUGAUCUUACGCCUUGUAAGACCUUCACUUCACCUGGCGCCUGUGUCGAUCGAAGCCAGCGAAAUUGGAGAAUAACUUGAUUACAAGGCUUCUACAAUAAAUUGGGAUUUAAAAAUAUAGAUUUUGAGAGCAUCUCUUCAGAAACAGGGGGACCUUUGAAUUUGGAUCGACAUACUGUUAAAAGCUACGUGGACUGGAUUUGUAUUCAUUUUACUCAUAGGAACUUUGGAAUAACGCAGUUUGAAUUGCAGGUCUUCUCAGACUUGUUAAUUUCAUCAAAAUAUCUACAUUAGGCUAAACAUCGGCUACGCGCUCUUGAAAUAAUAAGUACAACGAACUUAUUUGAAUCAAGGUUGUGGAAUUGUUGAUUGUCUCUCGAAAGCAUUGGAGCUUGGAACAAGGACGAUAUGCUUCAAUGGAACUGUUAACAAGGUUCUCCUGAACGUCUGGAUCGACUGUCACACACAAUCAUGGACAGAUCACUGGACCUCUGAGUGCAAUCUUCCUCUUUCUCCUCCUCCUUCCUCCUCCUCCUCUUCCUCCUCCUCCUUCCUCCUCUUCCUCCUCCCCCUCCUCCUCUUCCUUCCUCCUUUUCCUCCUCCUCCUCUCCCCCUUGAAGGUCCCACCUGGUUGCCAGAAAAUCAGUGAGGCAGAAAGACAGAUCGACAAGAGGUUCCAACAAACCCCUCUGGUCUUUUAAUUCAUUUGGUAACCAUGACGACCACUUUUUCCCCCUCCUUACCUGGGCACCUGGUGAACCCCCAAGUCCCCCUGCCAUCAUCAUUGAUGCUUCUGCUGCUGAUACAACUGUUUAGUCAGUGCCCGGCUGCUCCCUCAGGGCCUGAGUCAGACACCUGCUCCACUCUGGUGCAGAGCCGAUUCUUCGGUCACUUCCUGUCCUCCUCCACUUUCCCCACGGCACCCUGCUCCUGGACCCUGCAGAACCCAGACCCGCGCCGCUACACCAUCUUUAUCAAGGUAACCAAACCUACUUCCACAAUGGACUGCAUUCCCCGGCAGCUCCGCACAUUCCAGUUCGACUCGUUUCUGGAGACCACGCGCACCUAUCUGGGCAUGGAGAGCUUUGACGAGGUGGUCAAGCUGUGUGAKUCUUCAUCCCCUGUGGCCUUUCUAGAGGCUGGGAAACAGUUCCUACAAAUGAGGAAAGGGCCGCCRCGGGCCGGCYUGYKGGUCACCACCCCUAACSCUGGCGAAGAUGGGGAAUUUAAGACAGAGUACCUGGUGGUGGGGAAGCGUAACCCCAGCAUGGCAGCGUGUCAGAUGCUGUGCCAGUGGCUGGAGGACUGCCUGGCAUCCAGCACNUCUAACAGGCCCUGUGGUAUCAUGCAGACCCCCUGCCAGUGCUGGGAGCCCCCUCCUCCUCCACAGCUCAGCGAAGGGGAUGGAUGCUACAGGAACGGGUUCUAUCUGGAGAACUGCCUACCCAGCUCCAAUGAGAAGAGUGAUAAUGACAGCAACGGUGGCUGGAGUGUGUGGGCGGAGUGGGCGGAGUGCAGCAGUGACUGUGGUGGUGGUGUUCAGACCCGGAGCCGUACCUGUCAAUCUCCCCCAGAGGAGACAUACCUGUGUGAGGGAGUAGUGGAGGAGGGGAGGCCCUGUAACCCUCAGCCCUGCAGUGGCAAAGGCCGUCAUCUCUCUCGCAGCCAAUCACUUCGCUCCGUGACAGCCGCAAGCGCGAUGGCGGCGGUGCGAGGUAGACAAGACGCGGGCGGUGGCGGCGGACAGCAGGCCCCACAGACAGUGGACCAAGCUGCGUCAGGUGAGGAGUGGUCGCGUGGAGUGGUGUGGUCGGCCACGUGCGGUGAGGGCUGGCAGAGCCGCACGCGUUUCUGUGUCUCCUCCUCCUACAGCACCCAGUGCAGUGGCACGCUCCGAGAGCAGAGGCCCUGCAACAACUCUGCCGUCUGUCCAGUGCACGGGACAUGGGACGAGUGGUCGCCAUGGAGCUUGUGUUCGUCAACCUGCGGCCGUGGUUACCGGGAUCGCACGCGAAGCUGCAAACCCCCUCAGUUUGGGGGAGACCCCUGUAUGGGGCCGGAGAAACAGACCAAGUUCUGCAACAUCGCUGUCUGCCCAGUUGAUGGAGUGUGGAAUGAGUGGGCUAAUUGGGGUUCAUGCUCUGCGUCCUGCUCCAACGGGACCAUGCAGCGGAUCAGGGAGUGUAACGGACCUUCGUAUGGAGGAUCAGAGUGUCGCGGGGAGUGGAUAGAGACCAGAGACUGCUUCCUACGGGAGUGCCCAGUGGAGGGGAAGUGGCAUCCUUGGACGUUGUGGGUGGGCUGCACCAAGACAUGUGGCGGGGGGAGCCAACAGAGACAGAGGAUUUGCUAUGGGCCCUUCUUUGGGGGUGAAAAUUGUCCUGGAGAUCGGGAGGAGGUGCGACGCUGCAAUGAGAAGAGGUGUCCAGAGCCUCAUGAGAUCUGUGCAGAAGAGAACUUCUCCAACGUAGUGUGGAAAAUGACUCCAGCAGGGGACACAGCGGCCGUACGCUGCCCUCCCAAUGCCAAUGGGCUGAUCCUGAGGCGGUGCACUCUGGAUGAUGAGGGAAUAGCCUACUGGGAGAACCCCACUUAUAUGAAAUGUAUCUCCAAUGACUACCGCAGCAUCCAAACACUGACUCGGGAACACCUGUCCAAGGCCCAGCGGGGGCUUGUGGGGGAUGGAGUUUCAGAGGUGAUGACCAAGCUCAGGGUGACGUCCAGCGAUGGGACCAACAUCAAGGAGCUGUUCCGGUUGGUGGAAGACUUUGUGGACGUCUACGGUCUUAGGAUGAAAGACUUCCAGGACAUGGUUGAGGUCACCGAUAACUUAGUUCUAUCCAUCCACAAGCGUCCAGUGGCGGGUAAUGCAGACAUCAGCUUCCCUAUGAAGGGCUGGAAGGGGAUGAUGGACUGGGCCCGCAGCUCUGAGGACAGAGUUACUGUCUCCAAGAACAUCCUCUCCACAGGAAAGCCAGAUGCAGAUGACUUGUCAGCGUUUGUCACCGGGAUCGUUCUCUACAGAAACCUGGGCAGCAUCCUAUCUCUACAGAGAAACAGCACCGUGCUCAACUCCAAGGUGGUGUCUGUGACCAUCAAGCCCACCCCAGGAUCCCUCUCUACCCCGGUGGAGGUCCAGUUCUCACACCUUUACAACGGCACCACAAACCAGACCUGCAUCUCCUGGGACGAGAGUGACAGCUCAUCGCUGCUUGGAUCGUGGUCUGCCAGGGGCUGCAGAGCCGUGCCUGUCGACUCAUUCAGCACCAAAUGCGUGUGUGACAGACUCUCUACCUUCGCCAUUUUAGCACGGCUAAAUCCUGACAUGAACAUGGAUAAAAUGCAGCUUCCCUCUGUGACGCUGAUGGUGGGCUGUGGAGUCUCCUCUCUCACCUUGCUGCUCCUCAUCAUCAUCUAUGUGUCGGUCUGGAGGUACAUUCGCUCCGAGCGCUCCGUCAUCCUCAUCAACUUCUGCCUCUCCAUCAUCUCCUCCAACGCCCUCAUCCUCAUUGGUCAGACACAGACACGGAACAAGGUGAUCUGCACGCUGGUCGCUGCUUUCCUGCAUUUCUUCUUCCUGUCGUCGUUCUGUUGGGUUCUGACAGAGGCGUGGCAGUCAUACAUGGCCGUGACUGGCCGGCUUAGGAACCGCAUCAUCCGCAAGCGAUUCCUGUGUCUGGGCUGGGGUCUACCUGCUCUGGUUGUGGCAGUCUCUGUGGGUUUCACCAAAGCUAAGGGAUAUGGCACCGUCAACUACUGCUGGCUGUCUCUGGAAGGGGGUCUACUUUAUGCGUUCGUGGGACCGGCUGCCGCUGUAGUUUUGGUUAACAUGGUUAUCGGGAUUCUCGUAUUUAACAAACUGGUGUCCAAAGACGGCAUUACUGAUAUGAAACUGAAGGAGAGGGCAGGGGCUCCUCCUCUCCAAUCAGGAACACCUCAAUCUCAGCUCCCCCUUUCCACCUCGUCACUGAUUCGGGCGUCGCUGUGGAGCUCCUGUGUGGUUCUGCCUCUCCUGGCCCUCACCUGGAUGUCUGCUGUCCUGGCCAUCACCGACCGACGCUCCUCCCUCUUCCAGAUCCUGUUCGCUGUGUUUGAUUCGCUGGAAGGCUUCGUCAUCGUCAUGGUGCAUUGCAUCCUGCGCAGAGAGGUUCAAGAGGCAGUGAAGUGUCGGGUAGUGGACCGCCAGGAGGACGGGAAUGGAGACUCAGGGGGAUCUUUCCAGAACGGACACGCUCAGCUUAUGACUGAUUUCGAGAAAGACGUCGACAUGGCUUGCAGAGGAGGUAAGAGUACCGGCAAAAAAAAGAGUGAGUUUAUGCUGUGUGUCCUGUCGCGUCUUCUGUCUGUAGUCCUGAAGCGUUCCUCUCUCCAGGGUGAUGAGAAGCCAUCCUCCCAGCCCCUGACCCUUCAGAAGGGCUCUAACUUCAACACCAUGCCUGCCAGCAUGGCCAAGGUCCACCUCCAGAAUGUGGCAGACUACCCCAGUCAUACCCUCACCCUGCGCAGGGAGAAGGGUGGCGCCACCAAGGGCAUCAGCACCGAGCUGCCGGGAGCCAAGGCCAUCUACAUCUGUGACGGGGAGCUCUUUAAACAGCUGGACGGGGAGCUGUCUCCACGGGGGACAGGGGAGGCCGGGGGGCCUGAGGGCACAGGACCAGGGUACAUCAUCCUGCCUAACAACAACAACACUGGCACCCUGGGGCGGCCCGGAAAGGGCAGCAAGGAGGACACGACGGCCAAGUACAACAUCAGCAUCGAGCAGCAGAUGCCCCAGACCAGGCUCAUCCACCUGGCCAACUCGGCGGGYGUGGAGGGCGUCCCGGGUUUCGCGCUGAAGAGCCUGCCUGCGGACCUGGUCAGUGUCUCCUGCUCGGAGAGGGAGUCGCCCGUCCACAACAUGCAGAARGUCUCCGGAGAAUCCCACAUGACCAACAGCAUGUGUGAACAGGGUGAUUCUGGGAACUCUGGAAUGAUGUCCAAGAGCGAGACCGUGUCCACUCUCUCCAUGAGCUCCCUGGAGAGACGAAAAUCUCGCUACGCGGAGCUGGAUUUUGAGAAGAUCAUGCACACACGGAAGCGUCACCAGGACAUGUUCCAGGACCUGAACAGGAAGAUCCACAGUGCAGACCAGGACAGGGCGUCUCCGCCUGGCGAUGGGAAGGCAGGGAAGAGGUGGAGUGUGUCCUCAGCAGGCAGCGACAAGACCAUCAUGAGCGUACGACACUCUGUCUCUCACUCUUAUCUCUUUCUCUCUGUCUGUCUGACUCACUCUCUUUCUUCCCCUUCUCCACCUUUUUUAACCAUUCUCUCUCCAUGA